GUCCUGCGUGAACGGCCGUCUCCACGUGUGUGAAUCAACAACGUGAUGUCUCGUCAGUAGAUCAAAGUUUAAAAACGCUUUCUAUUUUUAAAAAAAGGACACUUUUUAAGCGAUAAUUUGCAGCGGAUUACCUGUAAAAGGAGGACGACGAUGGCGACGGUCCGCAAGAAGGUGGACAACCGGAUCCGGGUCCAGAUCGAGAAUGGAGUGGCUCUGCAGCAUCGCAGCAUGUUUGUGGUGGUGGGAGAUCGCGGCAGAGAUCAGGUGGUGAUUCUGCACCACAUGCUGUCCAAAGCUGCUGUCAGAGCUCGACCCUCAGUUCUCUGGUGCUACAAGAAAGACCUGGGCUUCAGCAGCAAUCGGAAGAAGCGGAUGAGACAGCUGCAGAAGAAGAUCAAAACUGGCACGCUGAAUCUGAACCAGGAUGACCCCUUUGAGCUCUUCAUCGCUGCCACCAACAUCCGCUACUGUUACUACAACGAGACGCACAAGAUCCUUGGAAACACCUACGGCAUGUGUGUGUUGCAGGAUUUUGAGGCUCUCACUCCGAACCUCUUAGCCAGAACUAUCGAGACAGUGGAAGGAGGCGGUAUGGUGGUCAUUCUGCUCCGGACGGUGAACUCGCUCAAGCAGCUGUACACCAUGACCAUGGAUGUUCACGCCAGAUACAGGACUGAGGCUCACCAGGACGUGGUUGGCAGGUUCAAUGAGAGAUUCAUUCUCUCUCUUGCAUCCUGCAAAAACUGUGUUGUCAUUGACGACCAGCUCAACAUCCUGCCAAUAUCCAGCAACAUGGCCAACAUCAAGCCAGUCCCCCCAAAGACUCAGGAGGAGGGUUUGUCUCCCAGGGAGCAGGAGCUGAAGGAUCUGAAGGAAUCCCUUCAGGACACUCAGCCUGUUGGCGUGUUGGUGGAUUGCUGCAGGACCAUGGACCAGGCCAAGGCGGUGCUGAAAUUCAUCGAAGCCGUUUCAGAGAAGACCCUGAGGAGCACCGUCGCUCUGACCGCUGCCAGAGGUCGAGGAAAGUCUGCUGCCAUGGGGCUGGCUGUCGCAGGAGCUGUGGCUUUUGGCUACUCCAACAUCUUUGUGACCUCUCCGAGCCCAGACAACCUUCAAACCAUGUUUGAAUUCAUCUUCAAAGGCUUCGACGCUCUGCAGUACCAGGAGCAUCUCGACUAUGAAAUCAUCCAGUCUUUAAAUCCGGAGUUUAACAAGGCAGUGGUGAGGGUGAACAUCUUCAAAGAGCAUCGGCAGACGAUUCAGUACAUCCAUCCCGGGGAUGCGGUGAAGCUGGGCCAGGCCGAGCUGCUGCUCAUCGAUGAGGCGGCAGCCAUCCCUCUUCCUCUUGUGAAGAAGCUGCUGGGGCCGUACCUGGUCUUCAUGGCCUCCACCAUCAACGGGUAUGAAGGCACGGGACGCUCUCUCUCCCUCAAACUCCUGCAGCAGUUGCGGCAGCAGAGCGCGGACAGUCAGCAGAGCAUGUCGGCGGAGAACCGGAGCAGCAGCACGGCCAGGCUGGCGGCAGCUCGCACGCUCCACGAGGUCUCUCUGCACGAGUCCAUCAGGUACGCUCUGGGAGACGCCGCGGAGAAGUGGCUCAACGAGCUGCUGUGUCUGGACUGUCUCAACAUCCCCAGGCUCAUCUCCGGUUGCCCACUCCCUCAGACCUGCGACCUCUAUUACGUGAACAGAGACACGCUGUUCUGCUACCACAAAGCAUCGGAGGCGUUCCUGCAGAGGCUCAUGGCGCUCUACGUGGCAUCGCACUACAAGAACUCCCCCAACGACCUGCAGAUGCUGUCGGACGCGCCGGCCCACCACCUGUUCUGCCUCCUCCCGCCCGUCGCCCCCACACAGAACUCGCUGCCCGAGGUCCUGGCGGUGGUGCAGGUGUGUCUGGAGGGGGAAAUAUCCCGACAGUCGAUCCUCAACAGCCUGUCUCGGGGGAGGAAGGCCGCGGGGGACCUCAUCCCCUGGACCGUGUCAGAACAGUUUCAAGACCCAGAGUUCGGCAGUCUGUCAGGAGGGAGAGUCGUGCGAAUCGCUGUCAACCCAGACUACCAAGGGAUGGGCUACGGCUCCAGGGCUCUCCAGCUGCUGCAGAUGUACUACGAGGGCAAGUUUCCCACCAUGGAUGAGAACUCAGAGUCGACGCACACUGGAAUCACCUCCGUCAGCAGCGAGGCGGUCAGUCUGCUGGAGGAGGUGAUCGCUCCACGGAAGGAGCUGCCUCCUCUGCUGCUGAAGCUCAGCGAGCGGCGGGCAGAGAGACUCCACUACCUGGGGGUUUCCUACGGCCUCACCGUACAGCUGCUCAAGUUCUGGAAGAAAGCGGGUUACACUCCGGUCUACUUGAGGCAAACGCCUAACGACCUGACAGGAGAGCACUCCUGCGUGAUGCUGAAAGCCCUGAACACGGACGAGGCUCCGGAGCAGAGCCAGUGGCUCUCAGCCUUCUGGAAAGAUUUCCGGCGGCGCUUCCUGUCUCUGCUCUCCUACCAGUUCAGCAGCUUCAGUCCCAGCUUGGCUCUCAGCAUUUUGCAGAACAAGUGCAAAGAGGAUGCAACGACCCUCACCAGCUCCCAGCUGGCAGCUCACUUCACCCCGUACGACCUGAAGCGUCUGGAGCUGUACUCACGGAGCAUGGUGGACUACCACCUCAUCAUGGACCUCAUCCCCACGGUGGCCCGUGUCUUCUUCCUCAAGGAGCUGGGCGACACCUCCCUCUCCGCAGCACAAUGCGCGCUGAUUCUGGGAGUAGGACUGCAGCACAAGUCCGUGGAUCAGCUGGAAAAGGAAAUUGACCUUCCGAGCUCGCAGCUCAUGGGCCUCUUCAACCGCCUCAUCCGCAAAUUUGUGCAAGUUUUCACAAACAUCCAAGAAAAAGCAAUUGAAGCAGAGAUGGCGGAGACCAAAGACGUAACCAUGGAGCCGACUGUCAGAAGCCUGAAUGAAGAUCUGGACGAUGCUGCUAAAGAGUUUGAGGAGAGGCACAAGCAGGAUCUAGAGAAAGUAAAGGACAUGGACCUGGAAGAGUACAAGAUCCGUGGAGGCGAUGAUGAGUGGGACCAGGUUCUGAAGAAGGGGGGGACCACCGCUGUUGUCAGCAUCAAAAGUGAAAAGAAGAGGAAAUGGGAAGGAGCCAGCGCGAUCACAAGCAACGGAGCUCCUCAGGAGGGGAAACACAAAAAGAAGGAAAUGCAACAUGGACAAUUCAAGAAGAGCAAUAAGAAGCACGGAAAGCUAGGAAAGAAGUUCUGACGGUGACGAGGGCAGUAAAUACCGCUGCAGUGGCGGGACGCAUCAGACACAUCUUGGACUGCUUUGCAGAGGUGUAGCGACAAUGAUGGACAGUCUUCUUUUUUUAUUUUAAAUUUUCAUUGUUCUGCUCAAAAGACGGAGUCAGCUUGAUCAUUUCACAACACGUUUGUUGCUCUGAUGUCUGAAUGUAACUCCGGAAAUAGACAAGAACAAAAAAUCACAUUUUGGCUCAGUGUAUUCAAAAAGUUUUAUUUCUACAGUUCUUAAAACAUUUAAAACAAGAAGUAACAAUGGAGAGUUUUUUUUCCUCUUUUCAUCCUUCAAAAUUAAAAUGUGAGGUACACAAGUGUGUUUAGUUUC